AGCUGAGCAGAGAAGAAGGUUGGCCCAGGUUGCAACAUGAGCGACUACGAUACCAGCGUGGCCUUCCUGGGACAGUGGGGGCGUUUCCAGCUGAUGGUCUUCUUCAUGCUCUGUUCCACCAUCCUGCCCAACGGACUGAGCGCCUUCUCCCUGGUCUUUGUGGUGGACACGCCCAGACACCACUGCCUGGUCCCUGAUGUCAACCUCAGCCAAGACUGGAGGGAAGCUGUGAUCCCAAUGGAGGAGGUCAACGGGGAGCUGGAGAGGAGCAAAUGUCGCAGGUACAGGCUGGAUGUGGUCCGCAACCUCUCCGACAUGGGUGCGGUUCCCGGGCGGGACGUCAACCUGAGCAGCCUGGAGCAGGAGGACUGCGUGGACGGCUGGAGCUACAGCAAUGAACGCUACCAGUCCACCAUCGUCUCUGAGUUUGACCUGGUUUGCAGUGACAGCUGGAAGAAGCCGUUCACCUCCACCAUUUUCUUCCUGGGAGUUCUUGUGGGAUCCUUCUUCUCGGGAGUGCUCUCUGACAGGUUUGGCCGGAAGCCGAUUCUGUUUACAAACUUGGCUGUUCAGGCCGUGUUCAGCCUGGCGAUGAUCGCCUCGCCGUCCUGGGAGGUGCUGUGUGUUAUUUUUUUCUGCAGCAGCUUGGGAGCCAUCGCCAAUUACCUCUCCUGCUUUGUGCUGGGGACAGAAAUCUUAACGGGCAACGCCCGGGUGGUGUUUGCAUCCAUGGGCAUAUGCAUUGCCUGGGCCUUGGGCUACAUGACGCUGCCCCUCAUAGCUUACUUCCUCAGGAGCUGGAAGGACCUGACGGUGGCAAUCACUGUGCCUGCCCUGUUCUACAUCCCCCUCUGGUGGUUCCUCCCUGAGUCUCCCAUGUGGUUGUUGUCUCAGGGACGAGUGGCGGAGGCCGAGAGCAUCCUGAGGAGAGCUGCAAAGAUGAACAGAGUGGAAGCUCCGGAGAAGGUUUUUGCUGAUUACAUGAUAUAUGCAAACACAUCAGAGACAACGUCUGUGCAGCGCUACACUUUCCUUGACCUGCUGAGGGGAGGAAGCAUCGCAGCAACAACAAUCAGUCUGUCCUUUCUGUGGUUCACUUUGAGUAUGUGCUACUACGGCCUGUCCCUGAACACAUCACAACUUCACUCGGACCCGUACAUCAGCUGCUUCCUGUCGGCCGUGGUGGAGGUGCCGGCAUACAGUAGCGCUUUCUUGGCGUUGCGCUUCGUCCCUCGACGCGUGGCCGUCAUCCUGGUCUUCCUGGUCGUGGCCUUGUCGCUCUUCUUCAUUCAGCUGGUGCCUCAAAGUGUAUUGGAGGUGGCCGUAGCUUUGGAGAUGCUGGGUAAAUUCACUGUGACCGUCGGCACGUCGCUGAUUUACACCUUCACCGCCGAGCUCUACCCGACCGGUCUGAGAAACACGGCGUCAGGGACGUGCGUCAUGGUUUCCAGGACGGGAAGCUGCAUCGCACCGUUUCUGAUACAACUGAACGUCUACUUCAAGUACCUGUCCUACGUCACCUUCGGGUCUCUGGCCAUGGCGUCCGCCUUUGUCACUCUCUUCCUACCAGAGAGCUUUAGGCGGCCUCUACCUGAGACCAUUGAGCAAAUGCACAAGAGACCAAGGUGGCGAUCUGGUUCCAUUGUGGAUCAAUUGCAGACCGUGCCUGUACGCUCUGCCCAUGCGCAGCCGGGCAGCGAGGCUUCGGAUGUCAUCAAUUCCGGCCCCUCCCCCCAAUGA